AUGGUCAAGAUCAAGUUCUGCACAACACGGGGGCACCCUAGUGAGACUGUCCCCAGGUUUGGGAGGGCACAGCAAAGAGCAGGACCUUCCACGCGUGGCUCUGUGAACGAGCGUCCGGGACCCAGGGCCCCGGACCCCACCCAACGCGAUCUUCCUCCCCGUCCGCCCCACCCAAGAGCCCACCUUGCCUCGCUCGUGUUGUCCAGGCCUCCCCGUUACCAGGCAACGAGCUGCCCCGGUGCGAAGCCCCGGAGCGGAAUGCAUGGGGGAAGGCGGAUGAGCCCGGCCUCGGUACCUCCCGAUCCCGGCGCCGCUGCGUGGUCCCAGCGCGCCCUCCCGUGGCCGCUUGAGGCGAAUCCGCACGCCUCGCCUCUACUCCCAGCAAAACCAAAAGCCACCUACGGUUCUGUUACAGAAAAGCACCACGAGCAAGAUGAAAUUGACUGUGUUCUCCUUUCAGCGUCCAAGAUACUAAAUUCCUCUGAGGGAGUAAAGGGGAGUGGUGACAGUGAAACAGAACAUGGCUACACAUCAGAAUCAGAAAAUCAAAUCCAACCACAAUCAGCAUUGAAAGCCCUUCAGCAUCAACUGGAAUCAUUUCAGGCUCUCCGAAUACAGACUUUGCAGAAUGUCAGCAUGGUGCAGUCUGAAAUCAGUGAAAUAUUGAACAAAAGCAUUAUUGAAGUAGAAAACCCACAAUUUAGUUCAGAAAAAAAUCUAGUAUUCAACACACACCUUGAGAAGGCUUUGCCUAUAGAGAAUCAAGAAGAAAUCCUUUCUAUGGAGAAAAGUCAUCGUUUUGAGUAUUCUAGGACUCUUCAUUCAACAGAAGAAAAAUUCAGUAGUGAUAGUGUUAAUAGUUUCUCUCAAGGUACAAAUAUUCCAUCACAGAUAAAUUUCAAGGACAUAUUAACUCUGGGAACUUCAACAGAUAAUUCCACUUCAAACAUAAGUAUGAACCCUUUAGAAAAUUCUGAUAUGUUGAAGAAUUACAAUAACCUUCAUAGUUUUCUACCUAAUAUACCUCAUAAUGUUAUGUCUCAACCUGAUACAGUAAUCCUGGACAAAUCUAAAAUUACUGUGCCUCUUCUCAAACAUGGACUUUGUGAAAAUUUCGAUGAUAUUUGUCAUUCUAUCAAACAAAUGAAGGAAGAACUUCAAAAGUCACACGAUAGGGAAUUGACACUUACAAAUGAAAUUAAAACUUUAAAAACCAAUACAAAUGUUCCAAGUAAUGGUAAGACUGACCUGUAUCCCACUCACAAGAAAAAAAUUAACUUUCUUAGGGAGGACAAUAUAGAAAGUAACUUAAAUGAAGAUAUAAAAUCCAAGAAAAUUUUAGAAUUGGAGGAAUUAGUAAACAAAUUACUCCCACUCAGGGAAGUGUCAAAAUUGCACCUGAAUUUUUGUAGGAAGUGCAAAAAAUUGUCUAGGAGUGAAAUUCACAGGGGAAAGAAGAAUGAGAAAAACAAUACGGAAAUUCCUGUCACUAGCAAGAAUAUUACAGAUUUACGAUUCCAUUCUAGAGUCCCAAGGCAUGCACUGUCAAUCUUUGAUCCAAUAAAAUAUGAAACAAAAAAUAGAGAAAAGCAAUCUUUUGUAGUGAAAGAAGGUUCAAUAAUAUUUGAAAAUCAGAAAAUAGCCAAAGUCAAUUCUGUUACUGAGCAGGGUGUUGCAAAAAUUCAGUAUUUACAGAAUUACCUGAAAGAAUCUAUGCAGACACAGAGAAAAGUAACAGAGCUGGAGAAUGAAAAUCUAAUGCUUAAGACCAAAAUAAACCCUCUUGUCUCUACCACACAAUCUCUGAUACAGAAAACUGAAACAUAUGAAAAGCAACUUAAGAAUAUGCUUGCAGAAAAGAAUACUAUUCAGUCCAAGUUAAUUAAAACAGAAGAAGAUGGCAAAGAAUGUCUAAAAGAAUUGAAAAAAAUAAUUAGUAAAUAUGAUGUUCUCCAAGGACAAAACAAAAGUCUAGAGGAAAAAACCAGUCAACUUUCUUUGGAGAAGCAACAAAUGAUGGAAACAUUAGACCAACUAAAAAAUAAGGAACACAAAAUUCAAAAUGAUAUGGCUAUUGUCAAUAAUGAAAAUAAUCGAAUGAGUAGGGAAAUGGAAUCAAUGAAAGCAAAUAUUCUGUUGAUGCAAGAUGAAAAGGAAAUGCUAGAGAAAAAAACACACCUGCUUCUAAAGGAAAAAAACUCACUUAAAAAUGAACUAAAAGAAAACCAGCUAGAGAUAAUGCAGCUAAAAGAGAAAGGAAGACUGGCAAAAACUGAACAAGAGACACUUCUUCAAAUAAUAGAGACAGUUAAAAAUGAAAAACUUAGUCUUGAAACAACAUUACAAGAAUCUACUGCUGCUAGACAAAUGAUGGAAAGGGAAAUUGAGAAUAUGCAAACAUACCAGUCUACUGCAGAAGAGAAUUUUCGGAAAGAAAUAAAAAAUGCAAAAUCAGAAGCAAGUAUUUAUAAGAAUAGUUUGUCAGAAAUGGGCAACAAGUGUGAAAUGUUAUCAAAAAUGGUAAUGGAAAUUAAAACAGAUAAUCAGAUGCUCAAAGAAGAACUAAAACAACAUAGUCAGGAAAAUAGAAAACUUGGAAACAGCAUCAGCAGACUUGAGGAAGACAAAAUACUUUUAGAAAACUAUGUAAGAAGUAUAGAAAAUGAAAGAGAUACUUUGGAAUUUGAGAUGCGGAAUCUUCAAAGAGAAUAUUUAAAUCUAAGUGAAAAACUCUGUAGUCAGCAGAGUGACCUAUCAAAAAUGGGUUAUAUUUCAAGAAGAGAGAAAUUCCGUUUUGACAACUAUGGUACUUAUGAAGGCAGCUCUAGUCCUGGAAGUAAGUCUUUAGCUCCUGAUUUUAAAGGAAUUCCAAGUAAACUGCAUCAAUCACUUCCAUCUAAGAUACGUAAAUAA